AUGUACCUGGUUACUGUGCUUGGGAAUCUGCUCAUAAUUCUAGCCACUAUCUCAGAUCCCCACCUCCACACUCCCAUGUACUUCUUCCUCUCAAACCUGUCAUUCACAGAUAUCUGUUUCACCACUACCACCAUCCCCAAGAUGCUGGUGAACAUCCAGGCCCAGAGCAAAGCUAUUUCCUACAUCGGCUGCCUCACACAGGUCUACUUUUUCAUGGUAUUUGCGGGAUUAGACAAUUUUCUCCUGACAGUGAUGGCCUAUGACCGCUAUGUGGCCAUCUGCCAUCCCCUACACUACACAGUCAUCAUGAAUCCUCGCCUCUGUGCAUAUCUGGUUCUUAUGUGUUGGCUCUCUGUGGUAUCCUUAUUCUAUGGCACAGGCCUGGGUGUCUACCUGAGUUCUGCUUCCACUCAUGUUUCUGAAGAGAGUGCUAUUGCUUCUGUGAUGUACACAGUGGUCACUCCCAUGCUGAACCCCUUCAUCUAUAGCCUGAGGAACAAGGAUGUCAAAGGGGCACUGGGAAGGCUCCUCCAUCGAGUUGUCUUUUGUCAGUAA